CUGAGCCGCUCAGGGAGAUUCUCUGUUAUAUCGUUAUCACUGGUCUUUCUCUCCGACGGUGGUUUGGAUCUUCAGUAUGACGGACUCACACUCCGCAAGAGGAAAACUGAACUAACGCCAGAAAACAAAAGCAGCCCAGCAGAGACACCAGGACACGUCAGAGCUGAAGAUGUUUGGGAGCAGCAGUGUUUUUGACUUCAGCUCCAGCAGCUACACCGACUCAAUCCAGUCCAGUGUUUACUCUGGCGAUGAAAACUCGUCUCUGAGCUCCAGGUUAUCCAGACCCAGCGGUAAAGCCAUCUACUUGAGUAGGAGUCAGUACGCCAAGUCCAUCAACAAACAGCUCAGCAAAUUCCAGUACAGAGUGGAGCACUUGUUGACGUGUGAGCUGGGGGGGGAGCUGCAGGGGGUGCCAGAGUGUGUGGAGCGUCUGAAGCUGCUGGAGGACACUGGCCGUGUGUGGGGGCAGGAUAUGCUACUGAAGGUGGUCAACGGAAAUCUGCUGCUCAUUGACAUUGAGACCAAGGAGGAGCUGGAUUCCCUGGCGUUGAGCGGCGUGUUAGAGGUGAAGGCUGAGCAGGACAGCUGUGUCUAUAACUCCUUGCUGAUCAUCUCAGUGCAGGACAGAGCCAGCAGUGUCUUCAUGUUCCAGAGUGACUCUGUAAAGGCUGAUUACAUCAAAAGAGAUCUUGAACGAAUCUUACAAAACGGUACGACUGAGGCCCAGGACCAAAACAAUCAGAUAAACAGCAGAGGAAGACCAGGGGCUUUUGUUGUGAGAAACACCAGAAGCCCCUCUCCAGAGCGAAGAGAGUGGACUCCCCCAGAACCUCGUUUUGAGGAGUGGAGCGCUCCAGACUACGAUGACAGUCCAGCUCCAACUCCAGCCAUGACCAGACGGCAGCCACUGACACCGCCUCCCCCUGCAAAGGUCACACCCAAACACACCCACAGCCCCCCUCCUGCUCCGGCCCCCUAUACGGAGAGAGAGAGGAACGUGGACAUACUGAACCACUUGAUCAAUGAUAUUGAAGAGUUUGCUGACCAAGUGGAUGCCGUGGUGCCGAGAAUGGACAAGAAGAAGAAAAAGAAGAAAAAGCAGAAAGCUGUGCAGGGUCUCCCUUCAGUGGACCAGUUCAUAAUCUGCCUGCAGAAAAUCAAAAUGGCCUUCAAUCUGCUGGCUGAACUGAAUGGGAAGAUUAGUGACCCCAGUGCUGCUGACCUGGUCCACAGUCUGUUCUCUGUUCUGGAGCUGAUCGUAGCUGUGUAUGAUGAUGACACCCCCCCCACUGUGGUCGCUCCUCUGCUGGAGCCGGACUCUGUGUGUUUCCUGAGUGAAGAAGCUUCUCCUGAGGAGGAUCAGCUAUGGCAGUCACUCGGAGACGCCUGGAACAUCCCCAGUACGAAAUGGCCGGAGGAUGAUGAUGAAAUCCCCACCUUCACUCCAGUGUUUAAUGACGGCUGGCAGCCCCCUGAACUCACACACACCAAGAGAAACCACACAUUCACACAGCCGCAAGAGAGCCAGCUGUCAACUGGAGCACAGAGUGCUGAUUCCUGGCAGAUUCCCAAACCCAGCAGUGAAGAGUCUCCGCUCAGCUCCAUGUGUGUGAUAUGUGACUUCAGAGCGAGGAACGAUCGAGAGCUCAGUGUGAGGAAAGGACAAACAGUGGAACUGCUGGACAUGUCUAAGCGCUGGUGGAAGGUAAGGAAUGACCGCGGUCAGGAAGGCUUCAUCCCAAAUAAUGUCCUAAAGUCCACUGAAAGCGAGGACAUAGAGCAGGUGGACAGUAACCCGGUCCUGAACAAGAGGUCGAAGCCAGAGGAGGUGAAGGCCUGGCUGGAGCACAAGGGCUUCAGCAGAAUUACGGUGCGCUGUCUGGGUGGUCUCAGUGGGCCGAUGUUGUUGGGUAUGACCCGAGACGAGCUGAAGGUCGUGUGUCCGGAGGAAGGAGGACGAGUUUAUUAUCAGUUACAGAACAUUAAAUCAGCGCUGGCGAUGUCCAGAGAGGUCAGCCCGCUGGUCUGAGAUGUGAGGAGACAGAGCCACAAAAGCAUCCUGCAGUGCUGGGUUACCUGUGUGGAUUGUGUCCAGUUGUGUCCAGGUGAGCUCAGGUAGAGCCGGACUGGAUGCCCUGCAGGACUCAGCGGAGCCUCUUUAACACAGAUGAUGGAUCAACCGGAUAAACUAAAGCAUCAAAACACUGCUACUCAGCAGAUCUGCACAAUGUUGUGUUUAUUAAUAAUCUCAUCACAGAAAUCUAUAAUGUAUAAAUGAGCCUCUAACCAAUCAUAGUUAUAUCAUAGAAAUGAUUUUGGAUAAUAUAAUGCAGAUCUGGUCAUUGAUUGUAGAGCAAGUUGUGUAAAUGAGUAUCAGAACUGGGAUAUCAGUCACCAUCCUCACAAUACUGAGAGUGUCCAUAUCGUACAGCUCUAGUGUUGACUGAACCGUUCUGUAUGAUAAAAUGACCUUUCUGAAUAAGUCAGCAUGUUAACCUGUGUUUAUUUAUAACCACUAGAUUAUGUAGUAACAAUCAAUACAGGAACAACAGUACAUAGAAUAACUGCUGUUUGAAGUUCUGGGAUCUUCCAGAGCGUCAGAUUUUAUUUAGUACAAGUCAGCAUGAUUUCUUUGUCAGCAAACACUUAACAUGUUAAAUUAAAAU